AUGCUAGACACGCUCGACCUGCAGGACAAAUCAUCGCCGACUGCCCAAGACCACUCAUCCCAGCCCGAGCACCCCGCCCCGCUCGGAAUCGGGCCCGCCGCACCCCAUCAGCAAGCCUCGCUACGCCAUGUAGAAGAGGAGCGCGACGCCGAGGAGGCAAAGUUGCAGAAUGCGUGGAGCCACGCUGGCACCGACCUCAGGGACGACCCCGGUUCCGAUGACGAGCGCACAGUCGUGAACCACAAGGACAAUCAGCAGGAUGAGCAGGCUAUCAGACUGAAUGGCGGGGCCGGCGACGGCGACGGCGACGAUUCUGACAUGCAGGACGCCGAUGUCGAGGAGGACAUGGACGACGACAUGAUGGACAAGAUCUCGAGUUCGCCCUCAAUUGACGAUGGUGGGUAUUCUUUACCUCUCCCCCCGGCAUGGCCGAAGCGGACGCAGUCUCUGACCCCAGAGUCUUCGCCGAUGCAUUCGGCCGUCGCCUCUUCCUCGCCCUUCACCACCACUCCCAUCCAUUUCCCCAUCUCAGUCGCAAGCGCUCGAAGACCACUCGACGUCCCAGCGCAAGACGACACGCCUGUAUCCCGAUUCUCCUUUUCCUCAACAUCGAUCCCUAUUUCUUUACGAUUCUCUCAGCAAAACAAUUUCAAGUCCACGGAGCAUCAUCGCGGUGAGUAUGCCUGGCCCAGGACCGCCCCCGAACUGGACGGCGAUUCCGACUCGGAACUGGACCCCAUGAGCCCGCGGUCCAAACAACGUAGGUUGAUCGAGCGCAGACUUAGGAUUAUGCGUGAAGACUCAGACAUGUCGCUGAUAUCGGAUCUGGACGAGGACGAAGCUAAUAACAUGUUGCGACCGUUGAGCCUACCGAUAAAUCUGAGCAAACCAGCAGAUGCGCCCGAGGUCCCUUAUCUGACACUCACAGCAUCCCCACCCCGGACUACCAACGGCACGCCACCGCCCAAUAUUGGGCGCCUGGCUGAGGACGAUGAUUCCUGGACCACCGACAGCAAUGCCGAUUCCUGGGACGAGGACAUGGACAAAGAUGAUGAUGCAUCCAAAGACGUUUCCUUCUCAGACGACUCACGAUUCAUCGAUUCCGGCUGGGGAGGCGAAUGCUUACGAGAAACAGAGGACAUUGAUUUCGAAUUCGUUUACGCACUCCACACAUUCGUUGCCACCGUAGAAGGUCAGGCAAAUGCGACAAAGGGCGACACCAUGGUUUUGUUGGACGACAGCAACAGCUACUGGUGGCUCGUGCGUGUUGUCAAAGACAGCAGUAUUGGAUAUCUGCCCGCCGAACACAUUGAAACCCCCACAGAGCGCCUGGCAAGGUUGAACAAACACAGAAACAUCGACUUGUCCGCGACUAUGCUUGGCGACACGGCAGAGAAGUCAAAGAAUCCACUCAAAAAGGCCAUGCGAAGACGAAAUGCUAAGACCGUUCAAUUCGCACCACCUACAUAUGUCGAAGCAUCGGACUACGAUUACUCGUCAGACGAAGAUGGUGGCGAGCUUUUCGGUGGACCGGACCCGAAGCAAGCGCAACAGCAACAGCAGCAGCAGCAGGACACUGAGAAGGCCGAGACAGAAACUCAAGAAGACCUCCAGGUGCAGCCACUCAAGGUUGGAGGGGCGAAGAAGGACGGAAAGAGCGAGGGAGAUGUCCGUGUCUCAGGAGAGGAGGCCGGAAACGGAGACGACAAGCAACGAGGAAGCGAUGACGUUGACCGGCCAUUGGAUCCCAAAGUCUCCCGGAAUGGUACACUGCGAAACACAGACUCAUUCUUCAAGGACGAAAACACAGAAACCCGGAAGAUCACUCUUACUCCCAAUCUACUCCGCGACGAUUCAAGCACUUCCACAACAGGAUCGCGCGAACGAGGACCCAGCCUUGAAAGCUUGGAGAAGAACGGCUUCGCGGACAAGGUUAAAGACGACAAAAAGAAGAAGGAGAAGAAGGCGGGCAUGCUCAGUGGGAAUAAGAAGGUCAAGCAAGACUCUAUUGAUAGCGACAUCGACAGCAAGGAAGAGCUGGACCGAGGCUCACCACAGCCUAAGCCUUCAGAGGAAUCUGCUGAGCGCUCAUCCGCUGAGCAGCUCGGACCACAGAGAUCUACCAGCAAAGGCAAGCUGCAGAAAGCCCGCAGUCGCGAUGAUUCACCACAGAAAACAAAGGGAAUCUUGAAAACUGACAGUCCUACAGAGGCUUCGUCACAGCCGACGGCUUCGCCAGACGCGCUUGAUAGCAAGCCGACAGGGCAACAGCCACCUACCAUGCGUAUGGUUCCAUCUGAGCAAGAAGAAGCACCUGCUGCUGAGGUCAAAGCCACAGCUUCCAAGAAUCCUUUCCGGUCACAACCCAAAACGGAAGCGGAACCGAAGCCAGAGCGUGUUACAAAGGCCAAGCAACGCAUGCAACUGGAUGACUUCGACACGAGCGACGAGGAUGACGACCCAUUUGCGGACCCAGAUGCGCAGACCAAAUCAGCACAGUCAGAAGCAGCAGAGCCUACAGGACGAUUGUCUGAGUCUCCAGUCCAAAUCUCAGCAGCAGACGCACAACCCGCAAGCAAGGCGCAAGCUCGGGAGAAAGAGAGAGAGGCCGACUCGCAUCAACCACCAGGACUCGCCCAUGACAGCUCGAGCCAGGAGACAAGCUCGCCUGUAUCAACACCUACCCCUGACGACAGCCCCAUGAGGACCAUACCAGAAAACACGACCCUGAUCAUUCCUCGCUCCGAGCGCACCGGCUCUCCCACACUCCUCUCACCCACGACUGCCACUCCAGGUCCACCACCUUCACGCCCUGCACCCAUGCCGACAAAAGCCGAUCGCGACGUGCAACCCUCUCCUCCCACCUCAUCCGAAAGCAGCCAACUUCCCGCCUGGUCAGACGCCGCACUUCGCGCCUACCUCGACGACGGCAGCGAUGUGCGCGACAUGCUGCUCGUUGUCAGUGACACCACCGGCGUCGUACCCGUCGGCCGCGAUCAUCCCAUCAUGAGCACACUAUUCGUCGAGGAGAGUAAGAGAGUACAAGGCAUGAGCACUGAGCUCGACCGCUUGCUCAGCGGACUCAUGGAGAAACGAAUGAAGAGGAACGGGAGCGCGGCCAGCAGUAAAGCCAGCACCGGCAGAAGCGGGAGUGGAUUGAGAUGAUGAUGAAGCCCAUGGAGAGGUUAUUUUCUUGUUGCAUAUACCCUAGGGUUCUUUUUUUUUUCCCUCUGGCGUUUAUUUUCAUUCUUCAUGCAUCACGUGGCAUGAUAGUGCUUGGGUUUGGGUGGAGGUUUUCUUCGAAUUAUUUGGUUUUGUCGGCAUAUGCUGGCGUUCUUUUUUUG